UCUGAUGCUCAAAGAGAUAGGAAAGGACAUGGGAUAUGCUUGUGGUUUUGCUUCAAAUGGAGAGGAUGAUUCCUUUGUGUUUUCCAUUGGAAUUAUACGUCUUCGUCAGGACUUUCUAGGAGCUCAGCGCUGGACUGACCUUGAGCUGGUCUGGUUUGCAAACAGAAACCAUCCAAUUCAUGAAAAUGGAACGCUGCAAUUGUUGCAAGAUGGAGAUUUAGUGUUAAAAGAUGUGGAUGGAACUCUUGUAUGGUCUACAGGCACCGCGAAUAAGUUUGUUUCGGGCAUUAAGAUGAUGGAUACUGGGAACCUUGUGCUUCAUGACAUGUAUAAUCAGACUGUCUGGCAGUCUUUUGAUCAUCCAACAGAUGCAUUGCUUCCAGGCCAGAAAUUAAGGUCUGGUCAAAGACUUGCGGCUAGAGUUUCUUCGUCCAAUUGGAGUGAAGGUAACUACUAUAUCUCUGUAACCAAUCAAGGCUUGUUUGCAUUUUACAUAUCAGACAAGCCGCAGAUGUAUUUUAAGUUUUUGGUCAGUGGAGAAAGGGAUAGCUUUGAUGAAAGUUAUGUCAAAGCAGUUAAUGGUACUCUUGCCUUGUACAUAUCUUCAACCGAGCCGAAUGAGCCAAAUGCUGUCUUCUCAAGACCUUCAAGGAUGAAAUAUUUGAGAUAUGAUUAUGAUGGACAUCUUCGAGCCUACACCGAGGGUAGUGAUCAGACAAACGAUCUUUUGGCAGAUUUCAUUGGGCUUUGCGAUUACCCCACAGCUUGUGGCAGUUUGGAGCUUUGCUCAAAUGGAAUUUGUUCUUGUCCAGGUCCAUUAAUAAAAAGUAAUGAUCGACAAAACAACGGAUGUGUGGAAGUUAGUCCGGUGGAAUGUGAUGGACAACGCUCCCACAGAAUGGACCGUGCUUCGGAUGUCUAUUACUUUAACUAUGUCGACACUGAUGCAGCAGCUCUGAGAGGAACAGAUGAGGAAAGUUGCCAAGAGUUGUGCUUGAAGAACUGUUCUUGUAAAGUAGUUCUAUUCCGGUAUUUCACUAACUUUUCAAGUGGUGACUGCUAUUUACCCUCUCCUGUUCUGUCACUUAUAAUUGAUGGAAAGGGAAGAAGUGUCUAUGAAUCAUCUGCAUUCAUCAAAUUACCAAAUGAUGCAGAAAAAGGUAAGUCUACAGCUACAAGAAGAACUGGCAUUAUAGCUGGAUUAACUGGUGGAACAGUUCUUCUGAUAGCAUUAACUGUUGGCAUCUUGAUUGCUUUCAACAGAAAACACACAUUACAAGAAAAUAAUGAUGAUUACUCAGGGGAGAUAUCUGGUCUUGUAAGAUUUUCUUAUGAACAGCUGAAGAUGGCAACUUGGAAUUUCCAGAAAAAGCUUGGUCAGGGAGGUUUUGGCUCAGUUUAUGAAGGAGUUAUUCGAGAUGGUCAGAAAGUAGCAGUGAAGGUUCUUGAUGGUUUUGGCCAAGGAAAGAGGGAAUUCUUGGCAGAGGUCCAGACCAUAGGAAGCAUCCAUCAUGUUAAUCUUGUUAGACUAAUUGGAGUUUGUGCUGAGAAAGAGCACACAAUAUUAGUUUAUGAUUUCGUGAGUAAUGGAUCAUUGGAUAAAUGGAUUUUUGGCACAUCCUCUACUCAAUUUACCCUUGAUUGGAAAAUAAGAAGAAAAAUCAUCCAUGAUAUAGCAAAAGGAUUGGCUUAUCUUCAUGAAGAAUGUAUGCAAAGAAUAGUCCACUUAGAUGUUAAGCCGCAGAACAUUCUGCUGGACGAGAAUCUUUGUGCAAAAGUAUCUGAUUUUGGCUUGGCCAAGUUGGUGGAUAAAGAUCAGAGCCACAUAGUGACCAGAAUUAGGGGAACCCCUGGAUACUUGGCUCCUGAAUGGUGUAGUGCAUUCAUUACAGAAAAAGCAGAUGUCUACAGCUUUGGAAUUGUUGCAAUGGAGAUCCUCUGUGGACGCAAGAACGUGGACUAUUCACACUCACUGGAACAUCCACAUUUGCUUAGUUUAUUUAUGGAGAAAGCCGAAAACAAUCAGCUUAUCGAUAUGAUGGGAAACUACAGCGAUGAUCCACAAUGCAAUACAUCAGAAGUCAUCCGUAUGAUGAAGCUUGCUGUCUGGUGCUUACAGAAUGAUUUUACUCUGAGGCCUUCCAUGUCAAUGGUGGUUAAAGUAAUCGAGGGGACAAUGGACAUUGAAUCUCAGUUAGACUAUAGUAUUCCAAAUUCACAAACAAUUGCAGCAAUCAAAAGAGUGGCAGACACCACGACUAACUUGUUUCCUUCAAUUCUUUCAGGACCUAGGUAAGCAUUUCUAAGCAUGAUGAAGAGUCAAUAGAGAAAAGAAAAUCCCCCCUCCUUUAUCUUAUUUCUUGUCUGAUCCCAUGAUCAUCAUUGUUGUAUAGCUAUUUAUUGGUUUCAUUUGUGUUGUUUUUCUGUGACUCAGUAAGAUACUUCAAUUAAUUAAGAACCAUGGCGUG